CAAACAGCACAUCAUCUCAGUGUUUGUUCAGGCUAUCAAAGAGCAAACGUGCAGCAGGAACAACCCACAACCCUCACACAGAGUAUCUGAACGUGAACUCACAGCUGUCUGCUCCAUGGACACAGGAGUCCGUCAGGAUGAUUAAACUGCUGCGUCGGUCCUCACCGAGCUCGACCUGAGAGAACAAGCAAUCAUGGCUACAGCUGGAGCGGAGGUCAUUGGCUCGUGGUUCCUGUGGUCAGGACCCGUCACUUUCUUCAUCCUCCUCCUCCUCCUCUCCAUCUUCCUCACAGCUCUCUGCAGUGACUGCAGGAGACAUUCAUUUGAGCUGCAAGAUUCUGAGGCCGACAAAACUCCCCCGAACCUCGUCAGGGUGGUGAAGCUGGAGGAGGCCAUGGGAGCCAGAGAGAAUCCAGCCAUUGACGACAUCCAAAAUGAUGAAGCUGCUGAAGUCUCCUUCACUCCCUGGAGGAGCCACUUGGGGGCGCCACAGAACCACGAAGGCGUUCAGACCAAUGGCAGCACAGUGAUGAAGACAACAAAGGAAAACGCUGUCCCGUUCACUCCGUGGAGGAGCCACCUGGGGGCGCCACAGAGCCACGAUCUGAACAGCUCCAUCGGGGGACAGCCGAGCAGCGGCGACAGCAACGCUGACGUGUCAUCACCGCCCACCAAUCCCGAGGCAGACGGGGACAGGAACGCAGUGUACGCUCAGGUCAGCAAGAAGGUGAGGCCGACCACGCCUCCAGUUCAUACACCUGAGGAGGACGAGGAGGACGAGGAGGACGAGGAGGACGAGGAGUCCUCGCCUCCACUGCCUGACAGGAAGCCUCAGCUGGAGGGAUGAUGACGGACAUGAGACAAAGUGUGACAGGACAGCAGCUGAACAGGAAACACCAACGAUGAUGGACGAUGAAAAACAACAGCGGACGAACGAGGGAGGAACAGAGGAUAAAUCAUGAAACAGAAGAUAAAAGAAAGAUGGCGUCUGUCCCAACGUUUUUCCAACAUUUAGCUCACAUUAUCCAUCAGAUUUCAGAUUCUCGUCCUUCCAGGCUUCCUCUGCGCUCUUAGAGCUGCAGCAAUGAUUCAUCACAGUCACCUUCAUCAAACAUGUCGUAUUAUUUAAAUAUUAUGUAAGGAACAUUGUGGUUGUGACUGUCAGAAACUCACCUGAACUCACCUGAAGGUGUGGGAAACACUGUGGCAACAUGCAGCCUGUUGUGCCUUCGACGAUGUUUGGUUCUGUAAAGGUUGUGUAAAGGUUGCGACGGGAGCCGAUGAGCACACUGACACUUCACAGAAGUUGUCAGUGUGCUUACUGAAAGCAGAAACUUUGUCCUGCUGGUGGAGAUUUGAGGGGCUCCCCUUCCUCUGAUCAGCCUGAUCACACCGGGACUUUUCUGUAAUAUAAGCUACACAGUUUUCAGAGGUCUCAUGACACAAUAUUGCUUCAUCAUGUGAACGUGGGUCAUCAGGUUUGUGAUUGGUGGAUGCAACUUCAGAAUAAAGUUGCAGCAUUCAGAAAAUCA